GUAACCGAAGGGAAUUGAUGCGUGUGUCGGUUUCAUCGCACACUGACGACACCGGGAAACGCGAUUACACUCUCUUCAAGGCUAGUCACUGGUCAUCAGGGGUGCACCGAUACAUCUGAAAUUUUUAAAUCAUCGCGCAGGCGCACCCUUGUGUAUAAUAACGGUAGAAUCACUGGUGAUUGAGAGUACCGAGGGCCGGACAGACGAGACAAGACAAUGGGCACCAACUUGCUGCUGCUUUGCUUCAUGAUGACCACUUUGACGCAGGGAAUGUUCCUGAACAUGAUAGGGGUAUGUGAGAGUGACCGCCAGUGCAUCCAGGCCAGGGGCCAGAAGUCUUGCUGCGCCCCGCUGGGACUGCGGGACCUCUUCUCGGGGAUCCCGGUCUGCAAGCCGAUGGGCCUCCGGGGCGACCGCUGCCACAUCGCUGGGGACUACCUGCCGUACCCGCUGGACACCCCCAGGCGCUUCUGGCGCUGCCCCUGCGCCGACGGCCUGUCCUGCCUGGCGCCCAAGGGCUCGCUGCUCGGCCGCUGCAACUAUCCACGCAUGCGGUGAUGACGUCACCAGCGGCGAUGAUGUCAUCAACGCGGCCGCCAUCUUUGUUCCGUGAUGACCUGACCAGCACACGGCCGCCAUCUUUGAAAUUUACAUAGGCAGACGGACGUGUUCUUUCUCUAAUUGUGAACUGAACAAAUUAAAUGUUGUUUGGCAGCCUCGUGAACCACAAAAGAUAAAGAAAAUGUCGUCUGCCUAUUGUAGCACGGAGCAUUUGGUUUUAGGAACACAUUCCAAAGAAACAUUUGUUGCAGACAAAGUUCCGGAAAAAUUAGAGGACGUUAGUUACAAUUUGUCGUUGGAAACGAAAUGUGAUGUGUUUUGGAAGUUUGCACACCGUCAAGCAAUGUCCAACAAUCAAUAAGAUAUAUU